AUUAUAUCAUCUGUUUAUCUCAUUGUUUUUAGUUCAGGCCUAAAUUAAUUCAAUAUCGGGUUUAAUUUCAAUAUGGGAAAAUACUCCAAAUACAGCAGCAAUUAUCCAACCCAGUAUAAUAACUGGAUGUAUCCACCAAAAAACAUUGGAUUGCUCAAAUACUUCACUAUGAAUUGUCAAGGAAUUUGGAGAACAAAUGCCUCUGCAAUAAAAGGAAGUUGGUCAUACGUUAUAGCUACUACUGUGGUUGUAUAUGGAAUGUAUAAGAUAACAAAGGCUGGCAAGGGUACCAAGUUUCAUCAGAGUGUUAAAGAUCAGAAGGGAAAUUGGCUAUAUGGACCUCCAUCUCAAAAAUUCAUCGAUGAGAUUCAUGAGCAUCAUAUCAUGCAUGCACCUCACAAAUAAAAUGUUUCAUUUCUUUCAAGUUAUGUUUAGUGUCGAAUAAAAGUCUUAUUUAUGGCCUCAAGCGA